AUGUUGGCUCAACGGCACAGGCUCCCCUUCAUUGCUCUGGGCAAACGAUGGCGGCAAAAACUAUUCCACUCUAAGAACAGCGGCGACGAUGUACCUUUUCCAUGGCAGCAAUUUACCGUUCUAGCACUUGUGCGUAUAUGUGAACCCAUUGCAUUCAUGUCGGUAUUUCCCUACGCCUACUACAUGGUGGAAUCAUUCCAUGUAGCCGAAAGUGAGGAGAAAAUUGCCCUCUUUGUUGGCAUGAUUACAUCUGCUUUUACCUUUGCCGAAUUCAGCAGCGGAGUCUUCUGGGGUCGUCUAAGUGACAAAAUCGGCCGCAAGCCUGUUCUCAUUAUGGGUUUGAUUGGAACCGCUAUUAGCAUGUUGGUUUUCGGAUUUGCGCCUAAUUUUCCAACGGCCAUGGUGGCUCGAGCCUUGGGUGGAUUACUAAAUGGGAACAUUGGUGUCUUACAGACAACAGUCGCGGAAUUAGUAACGUCCAAAGAGCAGCAACCCCGUGCAUACUCGAUUAUGCCUUUUAUUUGGUGUCUCGGCUCGAUCAUUGGUCCGUACCUAGGCGGUGCCCUGGCUAGACCGGUCAUCAGCUAUCCGGGGAUUUUCAAGGCAGGGACCGUAUUCGAUCGAUUCCCCUUUCUGCUUCCCAACCUAGUUUGCAUUGGCAUUCUCAUUGUGGGAAUCAUUAUCGGAACUCUUUUCCUGGAAGAAACCCACGCCGAUAAGAAACAUCGCAGGGACCGUGGAGUUGAAUUGGGCCGCUGGCUGUUGGGCAGAUUUUCAAGCCAUCAUGAAGAGCUUGCUGAACCAAUGGAAAUCAAGACAGCAUUGAUCAACGAAAUGGAAAGUGACGAAGUGUAUGAAGACCAACCACCCGAGUACAGAAGCAGGGAACCAUCUCCUCGCUCAUCCUCGAUCGGCAACGUUCGGCCUCAGGGAAUCGAUGUUGACCUCGAAGAGCCAAACAGAAGCCGCCGCGUUGGUUUCAAGAACGCUUUGACAAAGCCCGUUGUCUGUGUUAUUGCUGGAUAUGGCAUUUUGGCUUAUCAUAGCGUAUCCUUCGACCAGUUGAUGCCUAUUUUCUUGAGUACGCCCCCAUCUCAAGCGGAAAUCGAGUUGCCCUUCAAAUUCACUGGUGGCCUGGCCCUUUCGACAAAGACCAUUGGCUAUAUGCUUGCUGUCCAGGGCUUCUACUCUCUGUUCGCACAACUCUUCCUUUUCCCUUUCUUGGUCAAUCGACUUGGAGCGCUCCGGACUCUUCGAUUGGCUCUGUUCAUCUGGCCACCUAUUUACUUCGCCGUCCCUUACCUUAUUUUACUGCCGUCGGCCUUACAGAUACCAGUUGCGUACGUGGCCCUGCUCAGCAAAAUUACGCUACACGUUAUUUGCUUCCCCGCAGUAGCUUUACUGCUCGCCAAUACAAUCCCUUCCAAAAACGUCAUGGGAUCGAUCAACGGAUUAGCUUCAUCGGUGGCUAGCUUGAGCCGGGCUCUCGGCCCGUCAAUCACCGGCCUGUUACAUUCGCUGGGACUGCGCAGUGGAUAUUCAAUCAUCGCAUGGUGGGCACUGGGAAUCGUCUGUGUGGUUGGCGCUACCGAAAGUCUCUUCAUGGAGGAAACCGACAAGAAAAAACCCGAACAUAACGCCGAAACAGAAAACACGAACGAACAUACGACAAGACUAUGCCCGGAAGCGCUAGUGGUAUCGGACGAAGCCAGUCUCCUUCCAAACAUAUUGGCAAGCUCCGAGAUCUCAGAUCCAGUUGAGAUAACCCUUGACGAUAAACCGGAAAAACACUGA